UGCUAGGUGUAAGAGAAAACCAAACUUUUCUUGCUACUUUACAGUGUAUAAGCAAGUGACCAACUGAUUCUUCAUUAUUGCCACACAUUAUGCAAGAAUUAUGAAUUUCAAUGCCCUUCCUUAUCAGCAAGUCUUUUAGACGCCUUCAACACCGCACACCACAUAAAAAAAUUUAACCUUUGGCGGAAUUUUGCGGUUGAAUAUAAAAUUUGUAGGGAACCAUCAGCAGCUGUAAGAGGAUACAAAGACUUGACGGAAUAUAACGUCAGCAGCAAGCUUCCACUUCACUACUCGUACAAUCGAAGCAGAACAUUGCUUUAGCCUUCCAUAAGGAAUGUCUACGACAAUAUCACUGGGUUUGUUAAUGGGUUUAGUUGGAUAUGCUUAUCGAGCAAUUCAACCUCCCCCGCCAAGGAUUUGUGGCUCUUCAAAUGGACCACCUAUUACAGCAUCUAGAGUAAAGCUCAGUGAUGGAAGACAUUUAGCCUACAAAGAACAUGGAGUUCCAAAAGAUGAAGCCAAAUAUAAGAUUGCUUACAUUCAUGGGUUCGAUUCGUACAGACUUAAUACCAUACCCCUAUCUCCAGAACUUGCUGAAGAACUUGGGAUAUAUAUGGUGUCAUUCGACAGACCUGGGUAUGGAGAGAGUGAUCCAAAUCCAAAACGAACUGAGAAGGGUAUUGCAUUAGAUGUAGAAGAGCUUGCUGAUCAGUUGAAUCUAGGGAACAAAUUCUAUGUACUUGGAUUUUCCAUGGGAGGUCAGGCGACAUGGGGCUGCCUCAAAUACAUCCCUCACCGGUUAGCAGGAGCAACACUAGUCGCUCCAGUUAUCAAUUACUGGUGGCCUGGUUUUCCUGCCAAUUUGUCUAAAGAAGAGUAUCAAAAGCAGUUUCUACAAGACCAGUGGACUCUUCGAGUGGCUCAUUAUGCCCCAUUCCUCACCUACUGGUGGAACACUCAGAAAUUUUUUCCUGCUUCAAGUGUGGCAUCCAAAGCCCCUGGGAUUUUUUCUCCUCAAGAUGCAGAGCUCCUCCCCAAGAUUCCUCCGGUAGAUAAGGCACCAAUAAGGCAGCAAGGUGAUUUUGAAUCACUUCACCGUGACCUUAAUGUUGGUUUUGGAAAAUGGGAAUUUGAUCCAAUGGAUCUUGAAAAUCCAUUUGCCGACAGUGAAGGUGCAGUCCACUUGUGGCAUGGAGACGAAGAUUUGUUAGUGCCUGUUAGUCUGCAACACUACAUUGUAGGAAAGCUCCCAUGGAUUCAGUAUCACGAAUUGAAAGGUGCGGGACACUUGUUCCCUUAUGCUGACGGUGUGAAUGAUGCCAUCAUAAAGUCACUUGUACUUGGAAAAAAGAAAUAGGGCUAAGUGAACUCUUCCUGUUAGUUGAGGGUGCAUUUUCAUUGGAGUGAAAUGGUAUCCAAAAAUAUAAAACACUCCAUAACUAAUGUAAGAUAAAAUGAUUACACAUACCAUUAUCUCUUUCUUACAGUUAGGUUGUGCCUGUAUUUGUAUGUGGUGAUAGGGACCGAAUGAGUAACAAAAUGAGGAGGAGAGAAUUCUUUUGUUUU